AUGGCGACGCCUGACGGCCAUAUCUUCCUGCUCGGCUUUGCCCCUUCAGUAAUACGGAUCCAGCCAGAUAAGCCGUCCACCGUCAGGUCUCUGCCUCCGUCACCGCUCCCUUCUACCUCCUUCCUCACCGUCGCCCUCUCUCUCUGCCGGCCCUUGGAGCAAGUUCAGAUGAGGGCCUCUGGCACCCUGCUCCCUCCCACGAGCAGCCUGCCUCGGCUGCGCUGCUCUUCCCCAGACGACUUGACCCUGGGCAGGAUCGAUUGCGCCUUGCAGGAUCUCCGCGACAUCUACUGCCCCCUGCCUCGAGCCGCCUUCAGAAAGCCGUCGCUUCUUCCCAGCCAAACCGAAUACCUGCCAACGCCCGACACCACCAUCUCCAGCGCGAGUAGCGGUGCAUCGACACCCCAGCACGUCGAUUCCGGGUACGCCUCGGGCGACGAACAAGAAACAGACUCGUGCGAUGCCGUCGUCACGGACCAAGACCACGUCGCGGAACUUCGCCAGGACCCCUAUGAGCGCCAGUUCGCCGUCCGCUGGCUGACGACCCUGAUUUCGCGCGCGGACGAGCUGCUCCCCCAUGCGGACGAAGACGCCCAGCAGCGGGUCAUCGACGACGCCUCGUAUAUACUGGCCUCGUUCAGCAGCGCGACGGACGCGGAAGAGGACGAGGGCUCGGGUGCGAUCGAGAGGGAGUUCUGCUUCGCGCGGGGCGGGCAGGAGGGGGACAAUAUCGAGGUUCGACUGACGGACGGGACCCCGGCCACAGGGACGGAUCACACCGAUGUGGGCCUGCAGAGCUGGGGCGCGUCGAUCGUAGUGUCGGAUCUUAUGUGCUCCUCCCCGGAGAGGUUUGAUCUGACGACCGAGAAGCUGGGUCGGCAGCCGCGCAUCGUGGAGCUGGGCGCCGGGACGGGGCUGGUGGGCAUUACCAUGGCCAAGCUGCUCCCUCGGCUCGGCGUGCCUGGUGCGACAGUCGUCGCAACCGACUAUCACCCCGCUGUACUCGAGAAUUUGCAUAAUAACAUUCUUGCAAACUUCGCCGAGCGCGACAGUAUCCCCGUCGAGACCUGCCUGCUCGACUGGUCGAGUCCCUGUUUCGACCCACCUCUCCACAUUGCGGCAGACAUGCUCAUCGCCACAGACGUGGUCUACGCCCCGGAGCAUGCCGCCUGGCUGCGCGAUUGCGCGGCAAAGCUGCUUGCGAAGGAUGGCAUCUUCUGGCUCAUCGCGUCGGUUAGGCCGAAUGGCCGGUUCGAGGGCGUCACCGAUACAGUCGAGGCAUCCUUUGCGGACGUCAAGGACUGUCCCAAGUCAGAAGAUGGGAAGAUGGUGCUGCGGAUUCUGGCGAAAGAGAGGCUCGAGAAGAGGAAGGGUGUCGGGCGGGGUGACGAGGUUGGAUACAAGGUGUUCCGGAUUGGUUGGGAGGAACUGGAAUAG